GCGCUCAGGGAGUGCGUGACCGCCCAGCACGGUGGGCAGCAGCCAGCGUGGAAAGUACAGGACGCGGUCCCAACCCCUCUAGACAGAGUUUUAGGGCGGGGGCUCCGCGUAACGGUGCUGCCGUUUGUGGAUUGACGUUAAGGGGCGUUCCUACAAUCCGGAGACUGGAAGGGAAGACCACGAAUGCCUUAUCUACGUGAACAGCUAGGAGUGAUCCUUAAAGGCAAAUGUGAUCAUUUCUUGUUUAGGGAACAAAAUCUAAAUCUUUAUUCUGGCCAAGAUCUCUGCCUGUCUUCCCAGCUUCUUUGUAAGCCAUGCUUUUACUCCUCGGUUUCAAAACAAACCUUUCCCCUCCCCAUUCUCUGGGAGCAUCUCCUCCUCCUCUGCCACUUUUUUCUUCCCCCACUGCCCCCUAGUUAACUCCUAUUUAUCCUUUGAAUAUUAGCGUCACUUCCUCAAGGAAGCCUUUCUCUACCUUGGAGAUUAGGUUAGGUUCUUUAUUACCCUAUACUUUUUUUUUUUCUUCAUAGCAAUUGUACAGUUAUAUAUUUGCAUGGCCAUUGGUUUCUGUCUCCUCGUGAGACUGUACUCCCCAUGAAGGCAGGGACUCACUGAUUAGCGCAUCUAUAAGUGAUUGAAUGAAUGAGUGAAUGGCUCAGCAUCUGCCAGUGAUAAUUAGAGGAAAGUAUUAUGAACCAUGUUUGAACUAGGAGUGGUUCUUGACCCAAUAAGACCUGAUGCUCCUUUUUAAAAAUACAUUUUGCAACCCCCUUUAUUAACCUGAAAUGGAAUUUAUGUAUAAUGUAAUCUUCCUAUGUAUAAUUUUAAAAAGUCAACAUAAUAUCCUAACUGGAAUAUAAAGGAGAAAUGAAAGGAAUUAAGAAUAAUUUGUAUUUCAAUAUGUAAAUGUUAGGGCAUGACUCAAGUAGAUAGUGAGAUAGUCAAGUGUUUAAGCCUCUGCUUAGAAAUUCUAGUGCCACAGGUAUGUUCGUCAAAUACCCUAAGCAAAGCACUGUUUCAUUCCUGAUGGGAUUUUCUGAAAUAGGGGCCAAUUCCUUGCAAAACAGUACAGCCCCUCAUUUUACAAGGUAAUUUGUAUUCCUGGAAAAGUCAAUGUACAUGAACACUGUGCAGGAAAUAGUUUAUGUUUUUUUGGUGAAAUAGAGUUUGGUUCUAGGCUCAGAUAAUACAAAUAGAUAUUUUUUACUUACUGAAUGUCAGUAGCACAUUCCACUGUCAUACAAGACCUGGAUAAUUCAUCUGUCAGAUGGUCUAAAACAAUGCAGGACGUCUGACUCUACUGAUUCCUGCACACUAAAUCUAUUAGCAUUCCCUCAGAUGCCCACCACGUGUCCCUUAGGAGGCAGUAAUGCCCCUCUUGAAGAAGCCUCUUGCCUGGAGUCCUUCAGGGCCAGGCCAGUGUGUGUCAGCAGAAGUGUAGAUAACAUCUUCUGACUAUAGAGGCCAAUGUGUGAGCAAGACUGGAAAUGAAGGAGACCAGUGUUAAUAGAAGGCUAGGGACAAUGCUUCAUGUGGCAUGUCAUUACGUCCUCUGUGUGUGUUGGUUUCAAGGGCUCAGAGAAGGUACUGCAGCCUGGCUUUGAGGGCCAGUGGGCUCUUUUUUUUUUCUCUCUUUUCUUCCAGAAGCGGGCCCAGGAUGCCCUGAUCAUCCUGGGGGGCGGAGGACUUCUCUUUGCCUCCUACCUGACGGCCACAGGGGAUGAACAUUUCUACACCGAACACUUGAUGCCAACUUUGCAGGGGCUGCUGGACCCCGAGUCAGCCCAUAGGCUGGCUGUUCGUGUCACCUCCCUGGGGCUCCUUCCUCGUGCCACAUUUCAAGACUCUGACAUGCUGGAAGUGAGAGUCCUGGGCCAUAAAUUCCGAAACCCAGUAGGAAUUGCUGCAGGAUUUGACAAGCAUGGGGAGGCUGUGGAUGGACUUUACAAGAUGGGCUUUGGUUUUGUUGAGAUAGGCAGCGUUACCCCAAAACCUCAGGAAGGAAACCCCAGGCCCAGAGUCUUCCGCCUCCCGGAGGAUGAAGCCAUCAUUAACAGAUAUGGAUUUAACAGUCAUGGGCUCUCGGUGGUGGAACACAGGUUACGGGCCAGACAGCAGACGCAGGCCAGACUCACAGAAGGUGGGCUGCCGCUGGGGAUAAACCUGGGGAAGAAUAAGACCUCGGUGGACGCUGCCUCGGACUACACAGAGGGGGUUCGAGUCCUGGGCCCCUUGGCUGACUACCUGGUAGUGAACGUGUCCAGUCCCAACACCGCAGGGCUGCGGAGCCUUCAGGGAAAGGCUCAGCUGCGCCAUCUGCUGACCAAGGUGCUGCAAGAGAGGGAUGCCCUAAAGGGAGAGCACAAGCCAGCCCUGCUGGUGAAGAUCGCACCCGACCUCACGACCCGGGACAAGGAGGACAUCGCCAGUGUGGUGAGAGAGUUGGGCAUCGAUGGAUUGAUUGUCACCAACACCACAGUGAGUCGCCCUGCUGGCCUCCAGGGUGCCCUGCGCUCUGAAACAGGAGGGUUAAGUGGGAAGCCCCUCCGGGAUUUAUCAACACAAACCAUCCGGGAGAUGUAUGCACUCACCCAAGGCAGAGUUCCCAUCAUCGGGGUUGGCGGCGUGAGCAGCGGGCAGGACGCACUGGAGAAGAUCCGGGCGGGGGCCUGCCUGGUGCAGCUGUACACAGCCCUCACCUACCAGGGGCCACCGGUGGUGGGCAGAGUCAAGCGGGAGCUGGAGGCCCUUUUGAAGGAGCAGGGUUUUCCCCGAGUCACAGAUGCCAUUGGAGCAGAUCAUCGGAGGUGAGGACGCUAUCAGUGGGAAGCCUGGUCUGGAAUCUUCCCACUAAAUCAGGAGAGCCUUUGUGGCUAGAUCAAGAGAGGGAGGACUCUGUCUUGAACUACAUCCUGCAGACUAAAAGAGCCCUUUUUCUGAGGCCAGCCCAGACUGUAAAAGCUACUCGUGAGGGUCACCAGAAUCAGCACAAGGCUUUCUUCAAUCACUGUCAGACCAUGAACUGCAUUUGGGACUUUUUCCAGACUCAAAUCCCAGGAUCUUUUAACAUUGCAAGGACACUAGAUAUUUGAGGGAGGGAAGGGGGGAUCAUGGAAAAAAUAAAGCCAUUUAAAACCUGGA